AGCUAAACAAAUAUAUGGGGUUCAUAGUUCACCCAAAGCAAAGUGAGCAAACAUGUGACCGGGAUUGGAUGACAAGUGAAAUCUCAAAGCACAAAUAUUACACACUUCUUCUGUCCAACCACACCAUUCCAACUCAGCUUCCCUUAUCCAUUUUCCCUCCUUUUUUCUUCCUCACACCAUAUCCUCUCUCUCUCUCUCUGAGCAAAAGCCCCCGAUCGGCCAAAAUCAAUUGAGAACAGAAAAUGUCAUUCACAAUCCCCGCAAGCCUCUCGAAGCCCUGCAAUCCAACACCGAGGUCGAUCGCGAAGCCGGCUAGGUCUUCCGCUCCAGUAAUCUGCUCUGCAACUUCCUCCGCCAAUGGAUCCACAGAUCCGCCGCCGUCGGCGUGGCUGAAGGCGUUCCCCGCCGCCUUCGCAAUCUCCUCCGUCCUCUUGUCGGCGCCUGCGCUUCCAGCCGCCGCAGACAUCUCGGGGCUGACGCCGUGCAAGGAGUCCAAGCAGUUCGCCAAGCGGGAGAAGCAGCAGCUGAAGAAGCUGGAGGCGGCGUUGAGCAAAUACGAACCCGACAGCGCUCCUGCUCUCGCUCUCAAGGCCACCAUUGAGAAUACUCAGCGCAGAUUUGAGAAGUAUGGGAGUCAAGGGUUGUUAUGCGGAUCAGAUGGUCUGCCACACUUGAUAGUGAGCGGGGAUCAGAGGCAUUGGGGAGAGUUCAUCACCCCGGGGCUACUCUUCCUGUACAUUGCAGGGUGGAUCGGGUGGGCUGGGCGGAGUUACCUGAUCGCCAUUAGAGACGAGAAGAAGCCGACAAUGAAGGAGAUCAUCAUCGACGUCCCCUUGGCCAACCGACUCAUAUGGAGAGCCUUCAACUGGCCCGUCUCUGCUUACAGAGAGUAUGUCAAUGGGGACCUUGUUGACCCUAAUGUCUAAAUCCUUUCAUGUAUACAAUCUAAUGUUUACUCUUUGUACCAUGCGUACCGAGUAUGAUAUUUGCUCUUAAGUUUUUUUUUGUUUAUCUAUUACUUCCUCCCUCCUUGAAAGACUUUCCGGUUGUGAGUUAUGAUAUAUAGUGGUGUAAAAUUGUAAAAUAAAAUAUACUUUGUAUU